AAUGUUUUUAGCGCGGAAGGAUCUGCAGGAAGCCUUUCCUAUUUAAACUAGUUCCGUAGACUGCGCAGUCGUUCAGCGGAGCCGGGUAUUGGCGCUAGGGUGGUGUCGCGCUGUGCCAUUGAACAAGAAGGCGGUAACUGGGAGUAAGGUUUAAACCAUGAGUGGCAGAGCCAGAGCAAGAGCACGCGGAAGAGCAAGGGGCCAGGAAUCGACAGCACAAGCACCUGGACAGACAGUCGUUCCUGGGCAUCAGCCUGACAAUAAAGCUUCUGGGGAUACAAAUCUUGUUGGACGAGGACGUACGGUAGGAAAUGCUGCCGCUCCUAGACCAGAAGCCGGAGAUUUGGUGGUUUCAGCUGGAUUUCAAGAUCUAGCAAUUGGAGAGCGUGGUGGUCGGAGACGUGACUUCCAUGAUCUUGGUGUUUGUACUAGGCAGACGAUUGAACAUGUCAAAGAAUCAAAAUCAGGUGUUUCUGGCAGAUCUAUUCAGCUACGCACUAACCAUGUCAAAUUGGUUAGUAGACCACAAUGGGUCUUGUAUCAAUACCAUGUUGACUACAAUCCGCAGAUGGAAUCCAGGGCCCUGAGAUCAGCUUUACUUUACCAUCAUGAUGAGUUAAUCGGAAAAGCUCGUGCAUUUGAUGGAACUGUGCUUUUUCUGCCAAGAAGACUGAAUAAGAUCAGUGAAGUGUUUAGUAGCACGCGCAGUGGAGAAAAAGUUAAAAUUACAAUUACUUUGACAAAUGAGUUACCACCAACUUCACCAACCUGCUUUCACUUUUACAACAUUAUAUUUCGAAAGCUUCUCAAGAUGAUGAAUAUGAAGCAAAUAGGCCGUAACUAUUAUAACCCGAAUGAUUCUAUAGAUGUCAAAGCACACAAGCUAGCUGUGUGGCCAGGCUUUACAGCCUCUAUUUUGCAGUAUGAAACUAACAUCAUGUUGUCCAUUGACGUAAGCCAUAAAGUUCUCCGAAGUGAAACCGUCCUGAAUGUAAUGCACAAUUUACAUUUAAAAAUUGGACCACACCACUUUUUUGACGCCUGCAGUAAAGAACUGAUUGGACAAAUAGUUCUUACCAAGUACAACAAUCGCACUUAUCGCAUAGAUGAUAUCAACUGGGAUUUUACUCCGGAGUCUUUUUUCAAGAAAUCAGAUGGCAGUGAUAUCAGUUUUAUCGACUAUUACAAGACUCAAUAUAACAAGGAUAUUACAGAUCUGAAACAGCCUGCUAUUAUCCACAAUCCCAAAAAGGUUAAAGGACCAGGAAAAAUGCAAGCAGGGCCCAUUAUUUUGAUCCCAGAAUUUUGCUAUUUAACAGGGUUAACUGACAGAAUGAGAAGUGAUUUCAAUGUAAUGAAAGAUCUAGCAACUCACACAAGGCUAGCACCAGAACAGAGAGAAGGUCAAGUAGGACGAUUUUUGCAGUAUAUUCACAAGGAUGACAAUGUCCAGAAAGAACUUCGUGACUGGGGCCUAAAUUUUGACACCAAACUUUUAUCCUUCACUGGCAGAGUUGCACCAGCAGAGAAAAUUUUGCUUUUAAACAAAGCUGUCGACUACAAUCCUCAGUCAGCAGACUGGUCAAGAGAUCUCAAAGGAACUUGUCUAAUUCACGUCAAGCAUAUGAAUAACUGGUUGUUGAUUUACACUCGAAGAAAUUAUGAUGCUGCUAAUGCUUUUACACAAAACCUGUUCAAAGUGUCUCAACAAUUAGGAAUAAGGAUGAGUCAGGCAGCUAUGAUUGAAGUAGAUGACAGCACAGAUGCAUAUGUUAGAGUCUUACAGCAGAGGGUUCGACCUGAUACACAGAUGGUUGUUUGCUUAUUAUCCAGUAACAGAAAGGAUCGAUAUGAUGCCAUCAAGAAGUACUUAUGCACUGAAUGCCCUGUUCCAAGUCAGUGUGUACUUGCCAGAACCUUGAGUAAACCACAAACCAUUUUUUCAGUUGCUUUAAAGAUUGCUUUACAGAUGAAUUGUAAAAUGGGUGGAGAACUAUGGAGUGUCGAAAUCCCACUGAAAGAUUUGAUGAUUGUUGGGAUUGAUUGCUAUCAUGAUACCUUGGCUGGAAAAAGAUCUAUUGCUGGAUUUGUUGCCAGCUUGAAUCAAGGGAUGACUCGAUGGUUUUCCCGCUGCAUUCUGCAAGAUCAAAAGCAAGAGAUUGUUGAUGGACUAAAAGUCUGCAUGCAAGCUGCUUUAAAUGCUUGGCAUGCCUGCAACAAAACACUUCCAUCACGAAUCAUAAUCUACAGAGAUGGAGUUGGAGAUGGUCAACUGAAGACGCUUGUGAAUUAUGAGAUUCAACAGUUUGUAGACUGUAUAAAUGCUGCAGGAAAAGACUACAAUCCCAGGCUUUCUGUUAUAAUUGUGAAAAAACGAAUUAGUGCAAGGUUCUUUGCUGAUAUGGGUGGACGACUCCAGAAUCCUCCUCCUGGGACAGUUGUUGAUGUGGAAGUGACCAGACCUGAAUGGUAUGACUUUUUCAUUAUCAGUCAAUCUGUGAGACAAGGCACAGUCUCUCCUACUCACUACAAUGUUGUGUACGACAAAAAUAACUUGAAACCUGACUACAUGCAGAGACUGACAUACAAACUUUGCCAUCUAUAUUACAACUGGCCUGGAGUUAUCAGAGUUCCUGCACCUUGCCAGUAUGCUCAUAAGUUGGCAUUUUUGGUUGGACAGAGUAUACACAAAGAGCCACAUCUGUCACUUGCUGAUCGAUUGUUCUACCUGUAAAUUAAUUGUAGAACUUGCUUGCAAUUUCUAUUGAGCUAAAGUUAUACCUUAGGUUUCUAUGUUAUCACAGCUGCUCUUAAUGAAGUUGGGGGAAAAAAACUGAUACUGUAUGUAUCUAUAACAGCUAUGUUUUUCUUAAUAGCAUCUCAAGAUAGGUACACACACAGUAUUUUGGAAAGCAUUUGGUGUUUAUUUUGGACUGUAUUUUGACCAUUCAUGACUGGUAUACAUCAGCAUCCUGUCAAGCAGGAUGCUGAUGUGCGAUAUCAGCGGUCCCAUUUGCUUUAAUGGACCAUGCUUAAUCUACUAGCGUCUAUGUUUGAACAAUUUCACACAAGUAUUUAUUUACUUUGCCGGACUCAGAAGAGUUGUCUGCUUUGCUAAAUAAAUGUAUACCUGAGGGUAAUGGUCCAAACAUCACUUGUUGACUACAUUUGGACCAUUAAAGGGGUACUCUGCCAAAAAGCAUCUUAUCCCAUAUCCAAGGAUAGAGUAUAAGAUGUCUGAUCGCAGGAGUCCUGCCGCUGGGGACUUCCGCGAUCUCCGGGCCUGGAGCGGCAGCGUCUGGAACACGGAAGCUUGGAGCUUCUGUGUUAGUGAUGUCACGCCCCCUCCAUUUAUGUCCAUGGGAGAGGACGUGGCGGCUGUAGUCGGAAUUUAUCCGGCACAGAGUGUAGUUCGCUUCAUGCACGGAUGACUGGGGUGCCGCGAUCAAACAUCUUAUUCCCUAUGCUUUGGCUAGGGGAUAAGAUGUUUUUCAGCAGAGUACACCUUUAAAGUGAAAUGGGCUGUUGGCGAUACAUGCCUAUAUACUUCAGCAUUCCUAUUUGAUAAGAUGUCGACUGUAUACCAGUCAGCUAUGGCGUAAUCAUGAUCUGAAUGUGGCCCAAAGGAUCAUCAUUUUGUUUCCCUCUCAGCAGAUAGAUUUGUGUUAAGUUUUAUAGGAGUUAAAGGAGAAUGCUAUGAAAAACAGCAUGAACUAGAAGACAGUAUCUCAUCUCCACAGAUUAUGCAUGAGAAGCUUAGAAAUGUGAACAGUAAGAGGCUUGAAUCACCAGUGUUUAUAGCUUAAUAGGUUUGUUUUUAUAAAGAUUUCUGUUGAUUUACAGUUUGUUAAAUGUACUUUAUUAUGUUACUGUGUUUAGUAUAAAGGUGGUUCAUUAAAACAUUCUACGUGCA